GAGGUUGUGCACAGACGACAGACAGACACAAACUGCCUGAAGACGAAUGGGCUGAUUGCAAACCAGCACAGAAACAAUCCUUGGACACGUGCAGACCAACACCAUGGAUGAAGCUGUGUGGUGGUGUACGUCUCGUGCCUCCCAGGGAGCUCUGCAGUAGGAUGCAUGUGUAUGUCUCCAUCUGGACGCUCCUACAGAUGACUUCCCACCUCUGCUUACUCAUCCUGUCCAGCUUGGCAGUCUCAUCCAAACUGGGUCUGGAGGAUGUCUUCUUCAGCCCCCAGGACCAGACAGUCAGAGAAGGAGAGGGGGUUUUCCUCCAGUGUGUGUCUGGGGAAAGUUCACCUCCUGCAAGCAUCACCUGGCUUAAAGACGGGAGACUGGUCAGAAGAGGUAGACACAUUCAGGGUGAGUAUGGAGGGGGUAAUCAGAGGAAGACCUCAGGCACUCUGCAUCUUAUCAACGUAACAUUAGAGGACGAUGGAACAUACAUCUGUGUCACACACAAUCCUGUACUGAACAUCAGCAAGAAGAGCAAGCCGGCUAAACUAAGUGUGCAGGGGGUCCCUAGAAGGCUGCAGAUCAUCCAGGGCCCUGACAACAUCACUGUUGCUAUGGGAACAGAGGUCUCCAUGCACUGUGCUGUCCGAGGCUUCCCUGUUCCCAUGGUGCACUGGUUCAAAGACGGCUGCCUCCUGUCGAACUGCUCAGCCUCGUUUAACCUCCAGAACAAUGGACAGCUGCUCACAUUCAGGAAUGUGACCAGGGAGGACGAGGGCUCGUAUCACUGUGAAGCAUCCAACCAGAAAGAGUCCAUCAAGUCACAGACAGCCUUCCUACUUCCAGCCGAGAUGGAGUGGAGUUUCAUCCAGCAGCCUGUAAACCUGACAGUGAAGAGCGGAGAAAAUGUUACAGUGACCUGCAGGCCUCCAUACAGCCGACCAGCAGCUCAGGUGUCCUGGUUCAAAGACAACAGACUUCUCUCUCCCACAGCUCGUGAGACUGUGCUGCCCAGUGGAGACCUCUUUAUCCAUAGGGUCCAGGAGUUCGACAGUGGGAGCUACUUCUGCAGGGCCUCCAACAUCCACCUUCAAAGAUUUCUCACCUCCAGAAGAGCGACCCUGACUGUGCUGGCCCCUCCAUCAGUGAAACUGAGGCCCCAGGUGUUGACGGUGCCUGUGGGUACUAGGGUGGUGUUGGAGUGUCAGGUGUCUGGUCACCCUCUACCCUCCAUCAGCUGGUUGAAGAGAGGACACUCCAAGCAGACUGGAGGCAAGAUUGCUUUGGGAUCAAGGAAUGCCACUCUCUAUAUCCAGUCAGCCCAGAGCUACGAUGAGGGAGUGUAUGUGUGCGAGGCCUCCAACACUUUGGGCCACAGCCGCAACACAGCAAUGCUGAGAGUUGCUGUGAGUCCCGUCAUAGUGACCUUUAUAGGUCAGGUGAGCUGCAGGAUCGGGGCUUCAGUGGUCCUGCCCUGCAGAGCUGUAGGGAUUCUGCCCAUCACAUAUACCUGGACCAGGGGCAGAGCAAAGACACAGACCCCCAUCAGUCCCAGUGAGGACAGAUACAUUGAUGAAGAUGGAGCUCUGCACAUUUCCAGUGUGCAGUAUUCUGAUGUAGGCGAAUAUUACUGUACUGCUGAGAACCGAGCAGGACGACAUCAGAGACGUACUGUCCUGGCUGUCACGGCUGAACAUCGUCCAGCUGAUAGAGGCAAGCAGACAAGACUGGUUUUGUCUGCUAGCACCGACACCAGCAACGACCUGCCAGUGUCCCAAUCCAGUGACUCUGUGGCUAAGCAACACCUUGAAACAACACAUCAUUCACACGUACAGGCACAGAAGGAGGCAACAUGCUCCUUUUCACACUGUGAUCCUACAACAAACAGAGCUGCCUCAUUUCCUACAUUUUCAAGGGGAGCAGUGGCUGAGCUAAAGAUGCCACCUCGAUCACUUGGCCAUCUUUUACAGCACCGUCUGAAUCAGCCUACAACCAAUCCAACCCAGCUGUUAGUCACACAGAUGCAGCCUCCUAUGUUACCACCUCCUCCACAUCCGAACUUCCAGUCAGUAGAUCUCCACACCCAACUGCCACUUACGAGUGAUACGCUUUUGAUUUCAAAUACUGAGCCACCAGUGACACACAGACAGACAUCAGUAGACGCUGCUCAAGUGUUGAGUUCAACCCUUCAGUCCCUGCUCACUGAAAGUCACUCCCUGUUAACAUUAACGUCAUCACAUGGACAAUAUCAGCAUCAAGUCAGUGACAAGUUGUUGACAGAACCUGAUUCCCAGGACUCUAACGUUCAUGCUGUGUCUCUAGCCAUUCAAAUCACUGAGCCUUUCACUGAGACGUCAUCUCUUCCAGAGGGUGGACCCUUUCACUAUCUCAAGUCGGAUUCAUAUUCUCCCACUCCAACACAGAGUCUUAUAACUGAAACUAAGACAAGCCACCCUGGUUCAGUUACCCAGUCUCUUGCUUUACAAGCUGAUCUGCACCAAACUCAACCUUAUGAGAUGGCUACAAAUGGUCAGUUUUACCAAUUGUACCAUGAGCCGACCUCAACCCAGAUUUCUCAAACCACACUCAUUCACCCAGAUCAACGGCUGCAACAUCUGCAUCCCUCACCAACCAUCUCGCAAACAUCUCAAUCUGACCCUCAGCAAUCAUUUACUCAUGGUAUUUUUCCAAAGUUCAAGCUUGAGCUAUCGACAAUUCCGCAUUAUCUCCCUCCCACACAACCUCCAACUUCUAUAGUCACAAAUCCCCAACUAUCCCAAACUCACAGUCACUUUUCACCUGCAACACCAACUUCAACUCUAUUCACACUUCCUCAGUCAUCUCCAACACCACAUCCACUCCUCAACUCACAAGCUCCUCUAUCACAGACAGAAACAUUUCCAAUCCAACACAGAAACCCUCUUGAAAUCAAGCCUUCAGUCUCAACCAUCCGUGAGACAAACGAUCCCUCAACGCUGGACCCUGAGAUUACUGUUGUCAAUUGGGUCAACGUGUCCGAUCAGGUGCAGUUGAAUACCAGCCAGCAAGAUGACUCAGUUCAUUCAGCUAAAUCAGGCAAUGACACAGAGCUUACAGAGUGGCUGAAGAGGAACACCUCUCAGUCACCUAUGACCAGCAAUGAUCCCAGAGUAACGCAGCAGUCUCCAUCAUGGCUGCCUGUGCUGGAGAAACACGACAUCCCCAUCGUGGUGGGAGUGGGUGUAUCUCUGGCCUUCAUCUUCAUCACUGUUACCUUCUAUUCAGUGGUCCAGAAGAAUGAAGCUGCGCCAACCAGCCGAGCAGGUCAGAGAUCCUCAGCUGCAUCAACUGUCAACACACCUAUUUUACAUUCUGAGCAUGCUCAGAGGAAUCUAGGUGUCCCUGUAAGACACACUGAACGCCGAGCUGCAGGACGCACAUACGAAAACAGAGCUUUUGAAGAUGAUGACUGUGUGGCAGUGAUUGAGCAGAGCCCAAACACAUCAGACACCAGAGCAAGACCUCCAGGACCGAGCCUGGUCACAGUGCAGAUGGAGCCCACAUUUGAGGAUCUUCAGGAGGACACGUCACCUGCUCUGGACAACCACUCAGUCACUGUAGAAACAUAUCCUGAGCCAAUCCUUGACACAAAGAUUGAUCCGUCUCUGGAGGAGGAGGAGAAGGGCUGCACCUUGUCACAGCCGAGCAUCCAGCUGCAGUGUGCUGAGGACUGGACCAGUAACAGAGGAGACAACCGCAGCCCAUGCCAGGACGCCUUGCCUCCCCCAUCAUCCUUACCCUCCCGCUCACCUUCCCCUUCCCCACCGUCCAGACGAGAAGAGGGGCUGCGCUCCUCAUUAACCCUGCAAAGUGCAGAGGCGUGUGCAGCACCCAUCCACCAUAGCCUCAGCAUCUCACAUGGCAACCCCCCCCUGCUCCUUUCUCACCACGUCUCCCUAGGCCUCACUACGGUCGCAGUGGAUGUCCAUUUUUACCCAGCAUCCACUGCUUCGGUGGCAGUGGGCACUAGCACUCAUAUCAAUUCAGUCUCUAGCUCUACUUCAGUGGCUGCGCCUCUGUUCAGUCCCCCGUUAGUUAACAACCAGGAGAAUGACCAAUCAACUGCCAGAUUUCACCAGUCUAAGUAGCGACAGAUUUAAGUAUCAAGCCUAAAAUAUCCUCAUAUAACAUAAAUCAAGAUUAAGACAAUGCGUCAAAUAUAUUUGAUAAUUUUAAAGGAGGAGAAAAUAGAGAAAAACUUUUUGGCAUUUAGUAGAUAAAUUAUCUAUUAAUUAGAUUAAGGUGAAUUUUUAUCUAAUGAUCUAUCUGAGCCUUUGGCUACAUCCACAGUAAUACAUUUUUAUUUUAAAAGUAUAACUAUUGCUAUGUUUACAGCGACCUUUCCUAUCUUCAGUGUGUGUGUGGUGGACUCAUCGCCCAACAGAUUCUCUGCCCUUGUCACAUAUUGACGUUUUGUCAUGGACCUUCCACGUCCAGAUACGUCAGGAAAGGUACCCUGGGUGCGUUGGUUGUUGAUGUUCUGGCACGCCAUGUGAAAUUCUGCCUGUUACAUGCAUUAUCUUCUUUCAAAAUACACUUCUGUUUUCACAGGAAAUUUCCUUUUUACAUACAGUCUCAAAAUAAACACAAUACAUCAGUGCAACAAGUUGAAGUUAGGUUUCCCUCCAACAGCAAACACACGUGGUUGGGUUUGGGCAACAAAAACACAUGGUUCGGUUUGGAAUAAAAGGAACAGGAUUUUGCUUUAUAAUCUUAAGGGACACAAAGACCACUCUCCCAGGUGAAAGCCAAGUGUUAGAAUUCAUGGUGGCAUGUCAAACACCUUCUCAGUCUCUUUUGUUUUCAGAAUGUCUUGCCUCUGGCGUCUCCCUCGUCGCUCAUAUGUACCGUCAUUUCAUUUUAAAACACUGUUAAAAUGAAUAAUGUAUUAGUGUGGAUGUGGCUUUAGAGGUGCUGGUAAGCACAAUUUUUUAAAUUCUCAACAAAGCCAGAUAAGCUGUUGCUGCCGGCUUUUAGAGCUGGCUCCAAGCAGGAAACAAGUAUUGCAUACUCUGGCUCCGUAUGUAGCUUUGUACUUAACGCACUGACAUGAGAGUGACAUUGAUCUUCUCAUCUAACUCAAAUGUGUGUGUGUGUUUUUCAAAAUGAUGAACAAGUCCUUUAAAAAAAAGUUUAACUAUGGGGCUAACAUUCUGUAUUACAUAUCUGUAAAUGUGUAUUUUAAAGCUUUAGCACAGCACUUUCUGUACGACUCCCUGUGGUUAUAUUUAUUACUAUGUUACCGUUUGAUUGUAGUACAGCUACUUCUGGGUACUGUACUAGUAUUAUUUCUACUUCUAAAGGAGAAAAAGUUCAUGUGUAGUAUUGCUUUUUUUUAUUAGUUAUAUAGCAAGCAAAUGUGUCACUCUGAUUCAUGUUGUGUUAUUGGUUCAAGUAUAGUAAGUUUUGAAUGUGUUGUACAGUAUUUACUUCUUUAGCGAAACAGCCAAGGAUACUUCAAUUAUACUGCAUUUUUUUUGAGACUGUACACACGAUGUUUCGGUGAUCUGCUCAUUCUUAUAUCAAGCUACUUGACUGUUACUACCAUUUUUGAAACCAAAGGAGAGUA